AUGAUUUUAACUGCAGCAGUGAGAGGAUUUGCCGUCAUCCUUCUCUCUGUGUCAGAUGCUCCAAAGCUUCCCUCUGUGUCAGUGAGUCCCUCUGCUGAGAUAGUGGAGGGCAGCUCAGUGACUCUGACCUGCAGCAGUGAUGCUAACCCAGCAGCUAAUUACACCUGGUACAAGGAGGAUGAAGACUCACCUAAAGCAUCAGGACAGAACUUCAUCAUCACUGACAUCAGACCUGAACACAGUGGGAGUUAUUACUGUGUCACCCAGAACAGAAGAGGAUAUCAGACCUCCACCUUAGAGCUGACAGUUGUCACAAAUGCUCCCAAAGCUGUUACUGUGUCAGUGAGUCCCACUGGUGAAAUCAAGGAGGGCAGCUCAGUGACUCUGACCUGCAGCAGUGAUGCUAACCCAGCAGCUAAUUACACCUGGUACAAGGAGGAUGAAGACUCACCAAAAGCAUCAGGACAGAACUUCACCAUCACUGACAUCAGACCUGAACACAGUGGGAGUUAUUACUGUGUCGCCCAGAACACCAGAGGAUAUCAGACCUCCACCUUAGAGCUGACUGUUGUGGCAGGGAACUCAGUAAUAAUGAUCAUCAAUAUCAUCAGGUUGACUCUGAUGGUCCUGAUCCUGAUUCCUCUGCUUGUCUUGAGUCUGUGGAUGAGGAGGAAGAAACGUAUCAUCUUAAAAGCUGAACCAAAUGAACCUGUAGAGAUGACUGAGGCUGUAACUGCAGCACAGACGGAUGACGAGGAGGAACACCAGCUGUGA